CGAGAGCGUAUUUCCUGCUGCCUGCCAUCCGGUUUGUAAAGCGUGCCCGAGUGUUACAAUUUUUUUUCGUUUUGCUUAUCCUUUCGGUGUGUGAAGAAGAACAGGAAAAGGUUUGAAACGAACGAGAACCCGCAGCUUGUUCCUGACUGGCUGUCACACACGAAUGGUUGCCACGGGAUACUCCACUCGCCUUGAGUAGACAACGCACCAGAGAAAUUCGUUCCUCAGUCUAGCCAGAAGUGCCUGCCGGUGUAAACACUCAUUUCUCCUUGCAGGCAGGCCCUAUAGAGAUCAAUCGCGAAAAUGCCUAUUUACAAAAAAUCCUGCAAGAAAUCAAACAAUUACAAAUUACUGGACAAUCACGUGGAUUAUGGCACACGUCAAAUCGAUCACAUGCCACCAGCCUACUGUGUUCGAGCCAGUCCUUACGCCACAGCUGAACAGUUUGCUGAACGGACUAAGCGAGCGUGUGAAAAUGUUGCAUCCUUUUAUCUUUGCACGCGCAAAGCAAUUUUCAUCGGUGAUGUUUCAACGGGAAAGAGUUCGCUAGUGAAUAGAUUCUGUCAUGAGGUUUUCGAUUCUGACUAUCGCAGCACAAUCGGACUAGAGCUCGAAUCCGAAAAGUUCCACAUACUGAACCACCUGUUCAGUUUGCAAAUUUGGGACACGUCCGGUCAUGAGCGAUUGAAGUGCAUCACCGAAAGUUACUAUCGAAAUGCAAAUGUUGUGGUGGUCGUGUUCGAUAUGACGAAUUCACAGUCGUUGAGAAAUGCCAGAAAAUGGUUAGAAGAAGCCCUGAUAGUGAAUCAUUCGGGAGUUUUGAAAUUUUUAGUUGGUACAAAGAUGGACUUGCUGGACAAGCAAUCUUUGGUACAGAGAGAAAGUGAGGCUACGGAGAUUGCCAUUGAUCUAGGGGCGGAAUAUUGGUCUGUUUCGGCACAAACAGGGGAGAAUGUGGCUAGAUUUUUCCGAAGAAUGACCGCCCUGGCGUUCGAUGCAGCGGUGCAACGACUGAUGGACCCUAACAAUGCAAUCGGGUACCCUAGCGGGAACAGUUUACUAAACCUCUACUACCUCAAAGAAGACGGAAAAGAUAGGAGAAAUCGAAUGAGUUCCAUCUGUAGAAUAAAUUAA